AUGUAUUGUAUUGAUGUAGAUUACGAACGUAAAAGACAUAAAGAUGCCGAGUUUGCUGCGACAGAGUCAUUAAUAACAGUCUACAAAGAGAAGCCAUUUUGGGGCUACAAAAAAAGCGAGGAACUCGUGCCACAAGUGGAUUUGUCCCAGCAUCCUUGCCGAAGAAGCUGCAAGGACAACGAGCCGCCUGCAAAGUGCAGCUAUACUUUCUAUGUGGAGCAAUACUAUACGAUGAGUAAGGCCUGUUAUGAUUGUCCCACAAACAUAACCGACUGCUUUAGGCCCCAUUGCAUACCGGCCGAUGGGAUCGACAGGCCCCUCGUAGUCGUUAAUCGACAAAUGCCGGGACCAUCGAUCGAGGUUUGCGAGGACGACGAGGUAAUAGUGAAAGUAAUCAACAUGAUGCACGGGGAUAGCACAACCCUCCAUUGGCAUGGUCUGCACAUGCGCAGAACGCCCUACAUGGACGGGACCCCUUAUAUCAGUCAGUGUCCAAUUCCACCAGGGAACAAGUUCCAAUACAACUUCGUCGCCAAACCUCACGGCACUCAUUUCUGGCACUCGCAUGUCGGUUUCCAAAGGGGUGACGGUAUGUUCGGGCCUCUGAUUGUGCGCAGAGCACCGAAACGAAAUCCUCUGCACAAUCUUUACGACUACGACGAGCACAACAUCAUCGUUUCCGACUGGGAUCACGAGCUCGGGCUUGAGAAGUUCCUUGCUCAUUAUCAUGGGAGUGGCGAUAACAAGCCACCGAGUAUCCUGAUCAACGGUAUGGGCCGCUUCGAGACAAUGGUCCAGGAUGAUGAGAAUUCCAAAUUCAUGCUGCCCGUGGCUACUUUCGUCGUCAAGCAGGAUUUUAAAUACCGAUUUCGCAUUAUAAACGCUGAAUUCUUGAACUGCCCUAUACAAAUAUCUAUCGAUAACCAUAAUCUUUGGAUUGUGAGCUCUGACGGCAAAGACGUAGAACCAUUGGAAGUCAAGUCUGUGGUCACAUAUGCUGGAGAACGAUUUGACAUUAUAGUUGAAAUGAAUCAAGCAGUGAAUAACUAUUGGAUGCGUUUUAAAGGUUUGAUGGAUUGUGGAGCAAACUUUACGAGUGCUCAUCAAGUUGCAAUUUUACGAUACGAAGGUGCACCCGAUAAUGAUCCAGAUGAGCACGUUUCUUAUAAUUUUCCUGAUUCAGAAGCAUUGGUGCCGGAGAUUAAUCCUUUAAAUAAAGGUACAGAGACAAAGGAUAUUUUAAGCAUUCUUUCUUUAGAAGCACUUGAUAAAAAUGACCAAGUUAAUACAAUGGAUCCGGAUUACCAAUUUUUUGUAUCAUACGAUUUCUACAUGAUAGAUAAUUAUGAAUUUCAUCGAAAACAUCUCUACGGAUAUCAGCAGGUGAAGCAAAAAGUCGGCACACCGCAGUUGAAUCACAUAUCGAUGAAGUUGCCGUCUUUUCCACUCAUGUCACAAAGAGAUCUCAUUAACUCGGCAAGAUUUUGCAACGAGAGCACCGUCGAAGGUUGCGACAAAACCUAUUGCAGAUGUACUCACGUGCUGCAGGUGAAGCUCAACAGUAUUGUCGAAGUUGUUCUUAUCGAUGAAGGCUUGCCAUAUGACGCCAACCAUCCGUUUCACCUUCACGGCCAUGAUUUUCGCGUGGUCGCCAUGGAGCGGAUGGCGAGGAACGUGUCGCUGGAGGCCGUGAGGACGGCCGAUCGCCAAGGACACAUCGUCAGGAAGUUCGAUCGGGCACCCAUUAAAGACACGGUCACAGUGCCGGAUGGAGGUUACACGAUCAUACGCUUCCUCGCCGAUAAUCCAGGCUAUUGGCUCUUUCAUUGUCACAUCGAGUUCCACUCGGAGGUGGGCAUGGCGCUGAUCUUCAAGGUCGGCGAGCACGAGGACUUCGAGCCGGUGCCGCCUCAAUUCCCCCGCUGCGGCAAUUAUCAGCCCGUGGAUACGACGAGGAACGUCGCUCACCCUUCAACGACAACGCAGAGUACCCAGUACCACACAAACGAUAACGAGAUCAAUUAUAUGGACGAGCAGGUUCGAACGUCCAUCGCCAACUGGCUACCGCUAAUUCUCAGCGAACUGCGAGCCACGAGCGGGAGCUCGAGCCUCCGGUUACCCGAGGCUGCGAUUACUGCUUGCUUAGGCUUCCUUUUUGCCCGCGAACUCAUUCCUCUUGCUUUCUGACGGACUGACUUUUCCAUCUCUGUUUUGGGACUGGUGCUGUCUCGCGUGAAAUGGGCCCACGCUUAUUGUAGCGCGGAGGUCUACGCGUCUCUUACCUUUGUCAUUCCCGUUUUUCCCCUUACUCUUCCAACUGCGUGUAAUC